UGACCUUCAGCGUCAAGAAUUAGCAAUGGCAAGGAGAUAUUACAGCCUCACUCAGAUGGAGCAAGAGAAAUGCAGGGCUUUGGUGGAUGACUACCUAUCUGGAAGUAGAAUUGAAUUUGAAGGGGUUUUGCUAGAACUCAUCUACUUCUUUAGUGUAAAACGCUGUUGGACUCCACGUCGUUACGAGCAAGAGAGUGCACUUCUUGUGAUUGAAGUGUGCACGAUCAUGGAGGAUCACAUACGAUACAUUUGGAACAAUUUUCAGAAUAGUGACCAGGUACAUGUACCGGAAGCAUUGCGUGGUUUGCUUAGGGCAGGAGCCAUGGGUUGUAUGACAGUACCGAAAUUUCAAGACGAGCUUCAGCUAAUCCAUUCUGGUAAGACUUCUAUCAUAUACAUGUGAUAGAUUACAGGGUCUUUAGGAAAGAAAGGGGUCUAAAUAUGCUUUUUGUAAGGACCUGUUGUUAACU